GCGACUCAUUUCUCAGAAACAGAGAGGGAGGAGAGAGAGAGAGAGAGAGAGAGAGCGAGCGAGCGAGCGAGCGAGCUGAUCUUCCUCUUCGAUCGCUGCUCAACGUCUCCUCUUUCAAGAUUCUUGUUCGAAAUGUCUGCAAAGAUGAGGAAUAGGUUUGAUUUGAGGAGCAAAAGCUAUUGACAGCGUAUGCUAUGAAAUCUUCUAAGGCUCAGUUUCAUGGCUAACUGGUGUAUUCUAUAGGUGGAUGGCUCAAACACCACAGAUUUAGCAGUUACUUUGGUUGUAUGAUAACUGUACUCCAUAAUGUGGGGUUUUGGUUCAAAUGCCAUUUCAAGCUUUGGAAUGAAGAAAAGCUCUAGUAAGAGUGAAGCUUGUUCAGAGUGCUCGGAUGAUGAUGUCUGUUCAAAUGCUAGCAGAGAAGAAGGACUAGAAUGCCCUAUAUGCUGUGAAUCUUUCAACAUUGUUGAGAAUGUGCCAUAUGUUCUAUGGUGCGGCCACACUCUCUGUAAAAAUUGUGUCUUGGGGCUUCAAUGGGCUAUAUUGAAACUACCUGCUCAACAAAUUAAGAUUCCAUUUCUUGUUUCCUGCCCUUGGUGUCACUUGCUAUCAUUGCGUUUGGUUCAUAGGGGAAGUCUAAAGUUUCCCCGCAAGAAUUUCUUUCUUCUCUGGAUGGUUGAGAGCUUGAAUGGUGAUAGGAUGAAGUUUGGUUCCUCUCUGGGAAGCGAAAAUCAACAAAUUUUGCCUCCAAGGGGCGGUUUAACUAUUGGAAAUCCAGCCAGCCAUGGUAACCGCAGGAGGGCCUCAUUUUCUAGUUGUCCUGAGCUGUCAAGAUAUGAUGGUAAUGAUGGCAGAAGCUAUGUUGAUAGACAGUUUUUAUCCCUUCACAAAUCUCUGGACUUUUUCAUUCAUUUUACAUCCAAGUUUCCAUUGAUCGUGAUAUUUCUUUUACUUAUCUUCUUUGCUAUACCUGGAAGUGCUGUGAUCUUGGCACUUUACUUGCUAAUCACAGUUCUUUUUGCUAUCCCAUCGUUCUUGGUAUUGUAUUUUGCAUACCCCAUGUUGGAGAGGCUUGUGAGAGAAAUCACAUCAUGAGACCGUUGAUUCUUCAUUCCAAAAUACCCAAGAAUUUUUUCCUGCAUUUACUAAAUCUUAAACUUUCUUUUCUGCCUCUAUUUUCAACCUGUUGUUUUUCAUCGGAGGUCCAUCUACUUCCUCACAGAUUUAUGUUUUAAUAUUCAGAAACUUCUUUCAUAUGGUUUUCAUCAGAGAAGAAGCAUCUUUUUGAGUCAUUACUAAGUUUAAGUUGCAGGAAGCAUGGUUGAUUUAGCUAUUUUUUUUCUUCUUUUGUAAAGUGGCUGAUUACCCAUGUACCAGCAUAAGAUAGAACAAAGACAUUGGUCAAGUGGCUUUGCUGGUGAUAUUAAAAGUUUGGUUAUUGGUUUUGCAAUUUUCUCCUGUUUUUGUGAAAGGGAUAAUGGCAUCAGUUUUAUAUGUCCUUUGCCAUUUUACUGUAGUUGUAAUUCAUCCAACAGCUGAUUAUUCUAAUUUGUUCUUUUUCCUUGCUAAAA